UGAACUAAGUAGAAGUGGUGAUUUCAAAAAUACUUAUGUUUCUUCUGGUUUGCGUGGAUAUCAUAUAUUUCCUAAGGAAUGGUGCAAGAGCCUCCGAUAGAUAGCGGAGCAUGGAGAUGGGUUGUUGUUUUAGGAGCAUUCAUUUCGCAUUUUAUAACUUGUGGCUUUGAGAAAGGAUAUUCGAUUAUUUAUGUCGAAAUUAUUCGAGUAUAUGACACAAGCGCUGCGAUGGCAGCAAGUCUCGGGGGCUUUUCAUCAGCAGUUCGCCUGCUGUUAGCACCAUUGUCUGUCUCGUUGAGUAAUAUUUACUCUGAGCAAAGAGUAGUUAUGGCUGGUGGAAUAUUAACAUUUCUCGGUCUAUUAAUAUCAGCACUAAGUGAUCACUUUGCUUUUGUCUUUAUUGGAUAUGGAGUCGUAUUUGGUUUCGGGUUAACUCUUGCCUACACACCUUCAUUAAUUAUCUGCACACAUUACUUUCACAAACGUCGUGCUACCGCUCUUAGUCUUUCUCUUGCUGGAUGUGGUUUCGGCACAAUGAUUGUGCCGUAUUUUUUCUACUAUUUAAUUUCCCAAUAUGGACUUUCAGGUGCUCUAAUAAUUAUUUCUGCAAUCAGUCUGCAUUAUUGUAUUGCUGGUGCUUUAUAUUUUAAAAGAGAUAUCGUGAAAAAGACUAUCGAACCGAACUCAAGCUCAGAAAAUGUCAAGUUAACUUUACGUUCACGUAUUGUUCGUUAUCUUCGUUUAUUGCUGAAGAUCGAAAUCGCAUCUGGACUGUGGAUAAAACUGUUCUUAUUUUCCUUUAUCUUAAACAUGAUGGGUUCAGGCCCGGUCACAACUCUGAUGAUUGAUUAUUCGAAGCAGCUAGGAGUUCAUGGUGCCAAAUCAGUACAUUUACUUGCUAUUGAAGGUACUGUACAACUAGUUGUACGAAUAUCAUUGGGAUUUAUAUUUGAUCACCGGUUUAUUAAACCUCAUCGUGGUUUUAUAUGGACAGGAGGCAUUGCAUUUUCUUCUAUUAUUAUUAUUUUUAUUGCAUUUGCUACAGAAUUAAAUUAUUUAUCUGUACUGAUGUUUUUACGUGGAAUAUUUUUAGCCCUAUAUAUAUCACAACAAGCUGUAGUUUUAUCUGAUUUAUGUGAAGGGCAACCAGAAACAACUAGUCAAACUAUAGCUAUAGCACAAAUUUGUAAAGGUUUGGGUACAUUGAUUGGAUCAUAUUUUUCUGGUUUAAUCAAAGAUUACACAGAAGAUUAUCGUUAUGCUUUUCUUUUUCUCGGUACUAUGCAAUUUCUUGGUUUCAUCACAGCAAUUCUAUCACUUAUAUGGGCUAAAAUUAAUUCAUGUAAAGAGAAAAAUCAACUUAUUAUAGAUAAUAAUGUCUUAUCAAAUAAUACUAGCGUUGUCAAUGUCUCUGAAGUUUCAUUAUUACAACCGGUUGUAAAUGAUAAUCAUAAUGAACAUGUGAAUCAUAGUCCACUUAAUCUUUCAUCGCCUAAUCCUGCUCCUGCUCCUGAUCCAGCUCCUCCUCCUCCUCCUCCUCCACCUCCACCUCCAUCUUCGUCUUCAUCUUCUUCAACUUCUUCCAUUCAAAAUGAGAUUAAUGAACAAACUGCCUUGCAUAAUCCGAAAAUUUAAAACUAAAAAUCAUCAGAGAUGUACAAUGAGUUUGUUUCAUCUUUUAUGAUGAAUUAAUAAUUCCAUUCAUCAAUUGGAUACAUACAGAUAGAAGAUGUGUAUGUGUGUGUGUACACACAUGUGGAACAUGUUGGCGUUGUUGGCGUUCUUAUUUUUCCUAAAAUAAACUUUCAUUUCCAGUCGAUAGAUUAUUAUUAUUACUAUUAUUAUUAUUAUUAUACAGUAUGUUUUGUUCAUUUUCAAUGCAUAAAAUUGAAAAAAAAAACUGCUGGUCUUACAUCUGAAAACAAUUCCCUCUUUACUGAUGAUUAACUCUUUUCAUUUCAUCUGUAAAACCCGGUUUCUUGAUUUUUUUUUCACACACUGUAAGAAUCCACUCGCUCGCUCGUUGGUUACAUGUGUGUAGUUUAUUUUACACAAUGUAUCAAAACACACAAAAAUAUAUACAGAUAUCAAUGAUUACUACUGUAUCUCAUUCAUUCAUUAAUCAAUCUCUUUACACUGACUGUAUGAUGGAUGGAUGGAUGAUAGAAAUUACUUAUCAUGCAAAUAAUUCAUAUUCAUUUACAUUUAUAUUUUGAUUGUUUUUUUAUUGAUCAAAGUGAAAUUGUAUGGUAGUUAGAUGGUCAUAUCUUUUUUUUUUCUCUAACACAGAUGAACUAUUGGUUUCUUAAUUAAUUAUUCAGACAAUAUUUUGUUAUGUGUUACUGUGUAUGAGUGUAAAUUGUGGACUAG